ACAGGAGAGAAGAAUCCGUUCUUUGGAAAGGCGGGUGUGUUUGUAUUGAAUGUGGCGUGGGAUGAGAUGCUGCAGACCUUGUUCGGUAACUAUCUAUCUACGCCUAUAUAAGAGCUUCCCUGGGAGAAAGCAGCUCACAGAGGCUCAGGGUCCAGUGAAGGACAUUGCUACCAUGCCUGUUGCAGUUCUUCAUCGCUCUUCCUUCAGCACCAGCAGUGCUCUCAGGUCAGAUCUCCACAGCUCGAAUGGAGGGAAGAUGCUGAACGGUUCGGGUAAUUCAGGUAUUUUUGAUUCUUUUGGUGGCUAUGGCUCUCACAGCUCCAGUUCUUCAUCUUCCGUGGUUUCUGCAUAUGAGGCUUCUGUGGGUUCCAACGAAAAGUUUACCAUGCAGAAUCUCAACAGUCGGCUGGCUGCCUACCUGGAGAAGGUGCGCUCUCUGGAAGCUGCCAACAGAAAGAUAGAGCUGCAGAUUAAGGAGUUUUAUGAGAGCAGGGGCCCCACUUACCAAAAAGAUCUGACUGGAUACUACAGCACCAUUGAAGAGCUCCGGAAACAGAUCAUUGCACGAUACAAAGAAAACGCUCAGCUCCACCUGCAGCUCGACAAUAACGGCAUGGCAUCUAGUGACUUUAAAACAAAGUUGGAGAUCGAGAUGAAUGGGCGUUUGGCUGUGGAAGCAGAUCUGGCUCACCUGCGAGGAACUUUAGGGGAGCUUCAGCUGUCCUGUAAAGACUUGCAGUUCCAGAUUCCUAGUCUAAAUGAAGAGCUGGCAUAUCUCAAAAAGAAUCAUGAGGAGGAGAUGCACUUGAUUCGGGCCCAGCAGAACGGCUCAGUGAAUGUGCAGGUAGACUGUGCUCCUUCUGAGAACCUUGAUAAGGAGCUGCAGGAGAUGAGGGACCAGUAUGAGGCCGUCAUCCAAAAGUACCGCAGAGAUGCUGAGCACUGGUUCCAGACAAAGGCAAAAACAUUGAAGACUCAGAUGACCAGCAGCUACACUGAGGUCAAAACAUCUCAGACAGAACUCACUGACCUGAAGAGAACCUUCCAGAACCUGCAGAUAGAACUAGAUGCACUUCACAUGCAGAAACAAGUCCUGGAGAAGAACGUGGCUGAUGUGGGGAUGCGCUACAGCGUCCAGCUGACUCAGCUGCAGACACACAUAGACCGCCUGCAGGAGGAACUCCGGCAGAUCAACGUCAACAUACAGCAGCAGGCCACCGAGUACGAGCUGCUGCUGGACAUCAAGAUGAGGCUGGAGCUGGAGAUCGCUGAGUACAGGAGGCUUCUGGAGGGAGAGGGUGGUGGAAGUGUUGUGACCUCUUCUACUAAGACAUUAACCGAGACUGUGACCGAGACUGUAAAGACCGAAACAGUGAAAAUAGAGGAAAAGGUGGAAGAAGAGUAUAAUCCUCACGUUCAGAGGCGAGUGAAGGUCAUUGUGGAGGAGCUGGUGGACGGGAAAGUUGUCUCCACUUCAGUGGACGAGAAAAUCCAAGAAGUGAGCAAAUGAGUGAAAGAUCCAACAGCAAAACACAGAUUUCCAGAUUUCUACAGUUCUUAGUUUAAGAGCAAAUGAGCAGAACAGAAACAUUUAAACAUAGAGCUGAUUAUUCUAUAACACAUCACUGUACUUCUGUACUAUUAUAAAAGCAUCUGUAUGGACUCUCAGUGAGACCCUGUGACUAAAUAUGAGAGUAUGAGAAGAGUAAAGCAUUGUUUUUUUAAUAGUAAUGUUUGGAUGCGGGGUUUCCUUCAUGUGGGGUAACAUACUGUACCUUUAUAUGCAUGUGCGCUGUUUAGCCACUAGGUGGCAUUAUUCUCAUUCUCAUGUGGGUUCAUUCCAGUGCAUCAUUGGGUGGGAAAAGGUGAGCUGUAAAAUCCUGUAAUCACAAUAGAUAAUAAAUAAACAUCUUACUGAACAUAUUUUUGUUCAUAUAUUAAUAUAUCAACACUGUUAUGCAAAAAUCUUAUAUCUGUUUUUGACUAUCCUUAACUAUAUUUUCUUCUGGUCAUAUUUAUACAGCUUGCUGAUUUUCUACAAAGGGCAUUUGGAUAAAUAACACAAAAGAAAUAAAAAUAAUUUGCAAAAAAUUUGCUUUGUAUAUUUUUGGAUUUCUCAGUCAAGAAAUAUUGCUUGUUAGAAAUGCAUGAACGAGACUACACCCCAUUUCAGCAAAAAAAUAAAUAUCUAUAUAUGUAUAUAUAUAUAUAUAUAUAUUGAAUAAAAAGCACAAUAUAUUUCAUUGCUGUCCAGUGAAAAACAAGUAUCUUUAUUUUUGUUGUUUUUUUUAGUUUACUACAUAAUUUGAACAGACAAUCUGUCCCUUACACUGAGCCAAAAUUUAUUGAUGAGCAAACCAAUAGAAAUAUUGCAUAAUGACCUAAAAUAAACUCUUUUUACAUUGACUUCCAUUGAAGCUUUAGAAGGUUUUUCUUUUCUCCAGGAAAGUAGCACUUUUGGAGAUGCUUGUUUUUCAUUGGACAGCGAUGAUUUACAGUAUUUGUUAAUAAAUUAGUAUUUUCUGAAAAAUCCUUUCUUAUUGAUUAAAUAUAAACUAUAGGCCCCCUCAUGGGAGCACUGCUGUGCACUGCUGUGUUUCAAAAUAACUGUCUCACUGUGUGGGUGAAUGUUGUGUCUUGUGUCAGAAAAGCUAAAAUAACUACAUUAAUCUGGUUAAAUUGGUAUUUAAUGUUAAUGGCCACUGCGUUUAAAGUCCAUGCUCGAAAACCAUCAAACCUGACUAACCUGGAGAUGUUUUGGUAAGAAGAAAACCAAAAGCCAGACUCUCAUUGAAAACUAUAGGAGGCAGGUAAAGACUGCAAAAGGAGAAUCUACUAAAUAUUGGUGUAAUUUUUCUGUUGGGGUACCAACAUUUAUGCACCUGUCUAAUUUUUGUUUAAAGAAUUAUUGUACGCUUUUUGUAAAUCCAAUAAACUUUAUUUCACUUCUCAAAUAA